AUGUCCUGUUUGGUUCCCUCGUUCGCAUUUGAGGUCCAAUGUCAUGUGGACCUGAGGAGUUGUUUCGCUCAAAAGGGCAACUUUUCUCAUCUUGGAUCCGUGCGGUUGAGCCUCACACCGAUCAUCCUCACUGCUAUCUCCAGCCAGUACAAGGCCCUGUUUAAGCGAACCACAGUGUCCCAGAACAUUGACUCUCCAAUCUUCUCUCCGAUUUAA